UGGCAAUUUACUCUUACAAAAAAGAGCAGGAUGUAGCGGUACAUGUAUUGGGCUCGCUUUAACAUCAAUCCAGCCAUCCGAGGUCUCUGCUCUAAAUGUCGACGGGAGACGAUUGCAGUCGGCCUUGAGUGAUGGCUGUUGCGAGGAUCGGCGACGGAGACGAAUAACGCUCGAAAAAAUGUCCAACAUCCUCGAUGCGGCGUCCAAAGUGAGAUGGGACCGCACGGCUGCGGCCAAGCGAGCCGUGUUUCUUGCGGCUGCUGCCUACGGUGUCAAAACACUGUACCCCAUCAUCUGUAAGCAGCUCGGCAGAAACAAAGAUCGCAGGAAUAACGGUGGGAUUUCCAAGGCGGAAAACGGUACGAGUUGUUUGAUAACGCCGAGUGAUGUUGCGAAUCACAAAAAGGCAUCCCCGGGAGUAAAUGCGGAAUUUUUCAAGCAGAUCCUCGAACUUGGUAAAAUUCUGUUUCCCAAGCUCGUUUCCAAAGAGCUCGCUUUGCUCUCCCUGCACUCCGUGGCUCUCAUCUCCCGGACGUUUCUGUCUAUUUAUGUGGCCAGUCUCGAUGGUAAGAUUGUCAAAACGAUCGUGGAGAAGGAACCCAGGAGCUUCAUCAUCCAGCUGAUCAAAUGGCUCCUCAUUGCCAUCCCGGCCACGUUCGUCAACAGCGCCAUCCGGUACCUGGAGUGCAAACUGGCACUGGCCUUUCGCACCCGGCUGGUGAACCACGCUUACCGGACCUACUUCACCGAUCAGACCUACUAUAAAGUCAGCAACAUGGACGGGAGGCUCGCCAACCCGGACCAGUCUCUCACUGAGGAUGUUAUGAUGUUUUCUCAGUCGGUGGCCCACCUCUAUUCGAACCUCACCAAGCCUAUCCUGGACGUGAUGCUGACCUCCUACACCUUGAUACAGACCGCCAGGUCCAGGGGGGCCAACGCCACCGGGCCGACCCUGCUGGCCGGGCUUGUGGUCUUUGCUACAGCUAAAGUCCUGCGUGCAUGCUCGCCCAAAUUUGGCAAGCUGGUCGCUGAGGAGGCACAUAGGAAAGGCUACCUGCGCUAUGUGCACUCCAGGAUCAUUGCCAAUGCAGAGGAAAUAGCUUUCUACAGGGGACACAAGGUAUGCAGGGAUGAUUGCAUAUGUAACAUAACCUGAAAUAUAACACCAGUUAACAAAAAUCUGCCCUCCCAGGUGGAUAAAACAUGAUAAAGUUCCCUGUUGGUAACCUAACCUUGUUAUGUUUGGUUGUCAUGCAAAAUUAAUUAAAGCUCCUAUAAGGAGUUUUUAGGACUUUCAUGAAACUAACUGAAAUUUACAACAAUGCUUUCUAAUGAUAUACAGGAGCUAAAAAAACUAUAAUCAACCCCUGCUCAGACUGGCCCUUGGCGUAUGUUACAUAGACGGUUGCCUAUCCCCCUUUGGAAAAUAAUGAAGAUAAAUUCAUAUAAUAGUUUAUGACGCCCACUGGUGCCCCCCUUUACUUUUCUGUCUUGAAAAUAACAUAUGAAAUUACAAGAUAAAGUAACUACCCACUGAGCAAUAGAUGGCUAUUAGACUUCUAGUUUUUUUUAGACUUCAUUUCAACCGUCUAGAUUCUGUAUAUUUUUAGAUGGAAUUUAGACGUUGCACUUUAACCCAUUAUUCGAUAACUAUUUCAAAAAGCAAAUGUGAGUUGCACAACUGAUCUCCAAGUACUUAACCAAAAUAAUUACAAAAGCCAUUGAGCAACAUACAGUGUAGUAUAGAUCAAGCCCAAAUUUAGACUUGGUAUAAAUUUAGACGUCUAGAAAACUUUCAUUUUUAGACCUGUGGAAGUCUGAUAUUAGACCAGUCGUCUAGACUACAUUUAGAUGUCUAUUAGACCUCUUUUAGACCAAAAAAUGCUCAGUGGGUAUGUUUGUCACUUGGCAAGUCACAUGAUGCAGGGGGCGCAUCUCAAGUCAGCGAGCAAGUGAGGAGUCAGAACAGGAUGGGUGAUUUUAUUAACAAUUUUUUCGUCAUGAAAGGGACAGCUAAGCUCUUGGGCGCACAAUUUCAGGAAAGGAGAAAAGAGGAGGAGGAAAAAAGUCCAAAUAUAAAAGAAACGUAAUGUCAACAUAUUUUAUGAAAUAUCAUUUUGUGUAAAGAACAUGUUUUAGCUAGCUAGCUUGAAAUAAAGUAAGCAUUAGCUUAACACGCUAAUGUCCGGUGAACAGACGAAAAAUAUAUUUAUGUAUACGUAUAGAAACUGUGUAAACUUAGUUUCUUUUCCACUCAUUCCUGGGUCAUUUGAGUCUUCCCUGGUGAAGACUCAGGGUCUAACAGCUGCAGGAGAGAGAACCAAAAUAUGGCAGAUUUUGAGUGAGUUAAAAUGACCAACUGACUAAAAUAUUUCUUAUCACCAUAUGAAUUCCCUUGAAAAUCACUACUUUAUUCAUAACCACUGCGCUAAAUAAAGAUAGCAUGCAAAUCCCAGGACCACUCUUACUGACCUUAUUUGCCUACAUGCAGCUAUCAAAUCCACCCAAACCUACUUUACCCUCUAUCACUAUUGCCGGGUGAAAAUCAUCCGAACACAUGCCUGUAGGAAAAAGCAGGUUUUGGAUCAGGGAAACAAAUAUACCUUCAAAGAUGUCAAAGGCAGUGCUGAAGCUACCCAGGGACCCAUGAUACUCAGACAAACACAACAUAAUGAAAAACACGUAAACAUGUUUGGUUGGGUGAAAAUCACCCAGCGAUAGUGUUCUAGGGUUAAUAGUUACGAUUAAUGAUGAGGAAGAGAUUUGUUGUGAUAAAUCAAUGCUCAAGCAUGCAGGGGACUGGAUAAGGAAAGACUGCUUUGUCCACAGGGGGCGCCAAAGCUUAGACAAACUAAAAGUUCUUCACAGGAGCUUUAAUUUUGUUUAAUUUCCCAAGAGAAACCUAGGCUAAAAUCAAACUACUCAUCUUUAAUGUGAAUAUGAUCAUCAUACAGAAGCUAGGAUUACUUAAUUUCCUUGGGAUGGACCUCCAGACCCCCUCAAAUCACCUUUACCUCAGUAUAUUUAAAUGAACCCUGCUUUCCUGGUAUCAGGGGGUUGAAAAACUAUGUAACUGCCAUCCUUAGGUUGCCCACCUAAGUUUUCUACCAGCUCCUAUUUUUGACAGGUUAUCACCAGGUUUAGGUGGUGGUUAACCUUUCAAGCUCGGAUAAAUGCAGUAAGUGACUUCUGUCUUCAUGUUCCACUACAAUGUUUUUGACAGGUGGAGAUGCGUCAGCUGCAAAAGUGUUACCGUGCUCUCGCAGACCAGAUGAACCUCAUCCUGUCCAAGCGCCUGUGGUACAUCAUGAUCGAGCAGUUCCUCAUGAAGUACGUUUGGAGCGGCAGCGGGCUUGUUAUGGUUGCAGUGCCAAUCAUAACAGCCACAGGCUUUGCUGACAAUGGUAAGGCAGUCUCAAGAGAUUUAAAAAUAUCAGUUUAGUCUUAUCCCUUGAUGCUUUACAAGAAAAGCUAUUCUACACCAGACUCCAUUUACCUACAACAUAAUGGAGCUCAGGGACUCCCAGAAAAGACUGUGUGUUUGUGACUCUAAUGGGAUAUGAUGAUUAAUCAUUCUUGACUAUAUCUGAUGGUAUCUGAUUUUUAAUAAACCCUUUGUAAUUGCCAGUAUAACAGUUUUAUUUUAGGGUGUAAGCACAUCUCAAACUGCACAUCUCAAACUGCACAUCUCCUAAACCAUCAGCUGUUAGUCCUCCCUCUAAACAAGAUACAUGUAAACUGAAGCUAAAAAUGUUUCCUUUGUUUUCAUGCGCUGCUCGCGUGCUCAUGUUCUGUGGUCACUCCCAAUAUUUAAAUAACUUAUUUCCAUGGUAUUCUAAUGCCCACAGGUGAAGUGUGUGGGUGUGUGAGCUCACGGACUCCGUGGUUUUAAAUCUGAUAGCAUAAAAAAAUCUUAAAAAUCAACAGUCCUGCUGCUCAAACAAAGACAUCUGUCAGAUCACAGUUUCUUUCACCAGCUAUCUCUGCUUGCUUCUAUCCUUUGUCUGCUCUCUAGAAACUGCUGACGGGCAGACACAGGUGAUGGUGAGUGAGAGGACGGAGGCUUUCACCACCGCCCGUAACCUGCUGGCCUCUGGAGCUGACGCCAUUGAGAGAAUCAUGUCGUCCUACAAAGAGGUGAAUGGCAUACUCGACUCGCUUCGGCGUUUGUUUAAGCUGCAUCAAAGGCAUUUCCUGUACAAUUCAACACUGAUAUACACUUAACACUGAAUGCAGAUAGGCUGCUGGAUUUGUAAGGGAGAGAUUUUGGCGGUACUCUCUUAUCUUGCACCAUAAAGCAUUUUAAGAUAAUAUUGUAAAAGAUACGAUUAGCCUGGCUAAACUUACAGGCGCUCAAAAUGUGCACAGAUUAACAUUAGCAUGUGCGAUCGAGUGAUUUCAUUGGCUGGGGGAGUGAGUACAGAAGUGCUUUGACAGAUGGGCGGCCGAACGACUGCACAUAUUGACUGAGUGAUUGACAGAUGCAGACAGUGCGGGGCAGUCAUCUCUCUCUACUUUCCCAUGAUAAGCUCAACGUGCAGGCGUAGCAGUUUUCUUUUAAAGCCCUGACUGCAAAAGCAAAGAAAGAAAUCACUGAAUGAAAGGCCUUGUUCAUUGAGGGCCAAAUCCCUGAUCUCUUGUUGCAUUUUAAUCCAAAAAAGAGGGAAAAAAAUGGCAGCGGGACCCAUUCAUGCCUUCCCUCUCUCUCACUUCAUUUCGAGGCCUUUAAGAGGAUUUGGCUGCUGCUGCACGGUUGCGGUGAUGCAGUAUCUACUCUUGUUUAUACUUGUAUGUUUAUACUUCUUUUUGAAGAAGGUGAGGUCAACCUGUAAAGCAUGUUGUUUGUCUGAGUGCAACAAGAUUUUCGCAGCCUCCGUUUGUGCUGAAGAGUACAGAUUUUCCUCUGUGUGCAAGUGCGAAGGAGUUAUUUUCUGCUUUUCUGAGCGUGAGUCACCUCUCCUCAAACACUUCCUUUUGUCAAACUUGAAAAAUGCUCAACCGAACUGCACCAAUCUGGUGUUUCGAAUACACUGAAGCCUCAAAAGUCUGUGGAAAUUAAGACAAUAUGAAGCACGUGGACUGUAAAGAAAUGUGAGGAUAUAUUCUCCUAAAACUCUCCCUGGAGGAUAUGCAUUCUUGUCCACUCCAAGUACAGUGCUGUUAGAUGCGGAGCAGCAAGCCCUUACAUGCAAGGAUGAGAGGUGUGGGAGUGUGCGUGCAAUUUAACAGGGACAUUCCUCAGGCAGUGCGCCCAGCUCACACCUCUGGAAGCUCUGCGUAUGUCACAUAACAGCGUGUAUUUAUAUACUUUUUUUAUUGCUCGGCUUUUAUCAUUGCUGUCUUACCUUAUCUUUCCAAUAUACUACCUAAAGUCAUAUCGUUUUGGAUGUUUACCUCAAAUUUGAAGUUGAAGCACAUGGUGAGAAGCGUAGCAGUCAUAAUAGGGGCUUAUUCAUAUUCAUAUUUUUCCAAGGAUCCUGUUUAUGAGAGUGAAUUUCAUUAUUGGACAACACAGCUGGGUUGUUAUCAGACAUUUGCAGGGCUAAUGAGACACAAUCACAGAGGGAGACUGAACACAGAAAGCUUUUACAGGCGUUAAGUCCUGAAGAUUGAAUCUACGGCCACUUUUGUUUCACUGUAGGUCAGCCAGCAGUGAAUCCUGUGUUGUGUUGUUGUGGCAGCCUUGUCUGUGUGUGUGUGCAUGUAUAUAUGUGUGUUUGUGUGAGCGCGCUCAGAGCUCCUUCCCUCAAGGCUUAUCCUGACUGUGAAUAAUCCUCCAUCUGUUGAUCUUUCAGGUUGCACUUCUGCAUCUCCUCCUCACUUUCCCUCCCUCUCUUUCUUUUGCAGCAUUUGCUCAAAUAUUUCGAUGUUUUUAGAUUCUUCUGCACAAACACACAUAAAAAAACAAUCAGUUAUUUCGCACUUGGACACAGCCUGUUGUCUGAUCUCUUUAGUACACUAAAUCUGAAUGCACAGCGCGAUGAUGUGUCACUGUAAAGUUCUUUUCCUCGUCAUACUCAUUUCUUUUGUGUUCUUUGUUCUCCCUUUUGUUUUUUAAGUUUGUCAUGUUUUUGAAGCCCCACACGGUGUCCCUGAAUUCCCAGAAUAAGCAUUUGUUGUUUCACAUAAUCAAGCUGUGUCAACAGUCUGCAUUGCCCCACUGCAGGGCGCAGUUCAAGAGCACAAGGCAAGAAAGGGGACGAGAGGACGUGCUCAGUUUUCCUGUUUAGACACUCCUUUAGUUUGGCUCUUCUUCAUUUGUUGUUCCCUUUUCUUAUGUUUAGAUUAUUACAGUCAUCUUAGUUUAUAAAAGAGAUACCCCUUGUUCUCAAACAUACUCACAUACAUAAGCUGUGAUUGGCUGAUCCACAGAGAGCAGAAAUAUGUGGGAAAAAAACACAUUUAUCAAGUAGUAAAUUUCUGUAUGUAACUGUAAACAUUAUUUCCGUUAAAUAAAUUAUGCUAUACUUGAGCAGACACACCAUUUACAUAUUUUUUAAUGAUAUUUUGUUCCAUAUUUUGAUCCGUCCAGACAUGUCAGAUCAUUGUCCUCAUCGUGAAAACUUUCCCGGUGUCCCUUCCCAGCGUUGACCUCCAACUUUUGUGUGUUUGUGUGUGUCUGACAGGUCACAGAGCUGGCAGGUUAUACCGCACGGGUCCACAACAUGUUUGUGGUAUUCGAGGAUGUCCAAAGGGGCGUUUACAAGCGCUCCUCUGUGUCCACCACAUCAGGAGCGGAGAAAAAGAGCAAGCCUGAGCUGCACAUAGAUGGACCGCUGGAGAUAAAGGGUAGGCCUGUUUUUUUUUUAUUUUUUACACACUCGUUUCCAUCCUUGUAUUUUCCCUAAAUGGUGCCAUAUUUGGGGAACUUUCAGGACUGUGUCUAUACUGUCAGGAAUAUGGAUCCGGUGUACUUUUCAUUGCGUCACAUUUCAUGAAAAAAAAGGUCCCUAUCAGGGUCAGAGGUUGGAAUUCUCUGCAUGCUUAUCGGAGUGUACACAUGAUUUGGCCUUUAGAUGAACCUCCUGCUGUAAGGCCCCUUUAACCUGAGAGAUAAGAAGGUUGAAAACUCCGGAUUUGUGCUUUUUAUCACAUCAAUAUCUGUGUGUGUGUGUGUGUAGUACCUUUAUGUUCUAUGCCGUCAACCUAUUUCCUUUCUAUUUUGUCCCUGCAGGUGAAGUGAUAGACGUGGAGAAUGGCAUUGUGUGCGAGAACGUUCCAAUAAUUACACCAAAUGGGGACGUGGUCGUGUCCUGCCUGAAUUUCCAGGUGAGAGAGACAAACUCUACUGGAUCAAUCUGUAUCCCAAUCAUCAUCAAACUCACUCAGUACUACCAAAUGAUGUUGACUUGAACAUUUGCUGUCUUAUCAUGUCAGAGCUUUACUCCAUCAUCAGCCUCCCUCGGGGUGUUCUAUAUGACACUAAUUAGCAUUCAGGCAAAAUCCUCUGAGGUCCAAUUAUGGAACAGAUACAUCCUUUGGGUGUGGAGGUGUUGCUCCCUUCAGGCAGUUGUUUACUGUGAUAAGCCGGAGAUUCGCUGAAGAACGCAGAUCAGUGCUUCAAAAAGAGUUCAACAAGCACUUUUUAAACAUGAACAAUACUGAUCAAUUCUCUGUAUGUUCCUGUCCUGUCCCUCCUGAGAGGCUGAUUCAUGGAGAGAGGAUUCAUUCUCUACAUUUUAUAGGAUUUAUUUAUCACAUGUUGUGUACAGACUGGUCUGAGGUCAGCGCACUGCUCUGUCAUACACCAGCUGUUCAGACAUUUCUUUCUUCUUUCGUAACACAGUAUGCUCAGAUGACUUAAAUCAACAUAACGAUUAAUAAACAAACAAAUAUCAGGAUUUUGAAUCAGCCUUUUCCAGAGUUUAUUUCGCAAUUCAAGAAAGUUACCAUGUAGCUCAUAAUGAGUUGCAAUGAAGAGUUUUUGCAGAGAGCUUGUUUAAAAUAUAUUUUGAUGAAUGUAAAUAAAAAUUAUUUUAAUUCCUCUUUAUGAUAUUUAAAAGUAAACCAGACCAUCAGUAAAAAGACUGACAUUUUUUGUUUGGUGGUUUUUAAUACCCGAAACAGCCAGUGAAGAAUCAGUGUUGUUUUGCAAUCGCUACAUUAAAGCUCCUAUGAGGAACUUUUAAGUUUGUGUCAAUUUUGGCACCCCCUGUGGACAAAGCGGUCUUUGCUUCUCAAUAAAUGUAAUGUCUCCUGACAAAAAUUCUAUCCUGCUGACAGUCAAGUACACCAUUUGUUGUUUAUAUCAUAAACAACUUUGACACCUACCCUCUCACACCAGUUUGGGGCAUUGAUAAAGUUGUCAAUUUCACCACUGAUCAGCUUAUUUGAUUUUGGAUAUCAUCAAAAGGCCUCAAUAUGAAUUUCAGGAUAUUUCAUCAAUGUCAAAAAAACUCUUACAGGAGCUUUAAAUACUCAGUAAUGAAGCAUAUGACUGUCAGUCACUAAUUCAGCAUUUAGAGGACAAGAUAAGCAAAUACUGCUUUGUCCACAGGGGGCGCCAAAACUGACACAAACCAAAAGUUCCUGACAGGAGCUUUAAGUAAAUAUUUACUUAAUCUGGCAUUUUCACUUAUUUUGGUGGAGUGGGUCUUGACUUGGUGUAAUAUCUAUCUGUAAUGAAAGGUUUAUCAUAGAACAGAAAUACAUAGACUUACUAGUUUCAUGUUUGUCAGGCUGGUUCAGGUUUAUACAAAGGUUCAUUCGAAUCACAGCACCUAUGGCAGACAGCUAAAGUGCGUCAUAUUCAUGCAGGAAGGAAGUCUCUGUUAGUUCAGCGUCUCAGGAUUCCCUUUGUGUAAUGUUCAAGUCUAAUACUGUCAUGAUCUACAUGCCCUCUGAUGGUUUCUGUCUAUCCAGGGAUUUAUAUCUUAGAGACGGUUUGUGAUUAUAGUGAGGGAACACUCAGAUUAAAUCAGAUUAAUACUCUCUCUCUCUCUCUCUCUCUCUCUCUGUCCACUCCAGGUUGAAGAGGGCAUGCAUCUGCUGAUCACAGGGCCUAACGGCUGCGGAAAAAGCUCUCUGUUCAGGAUCCUCAGCGGCUUGUGGCCGGUCUACGGGGGGCGGCUACACAAACCCUCUCCUCAGCACAUGUUCUACAUCCCUCAGAGGUAUUCACAGAAACACACACUCACCUGUUGCAGUGUGCCACAGCUGUGAGUUGUAGUAACCCAACAGUGAGGUCUGGUGUGUCUUAUCAGUAAUAUAAUCUAUUGAAACAAGACCUAAGUGUGUGUGUGGGUGGGCGUGACAAAGAGAAAGCAGAGCCGUGGCUGCAGUGAAAUAUUUACCACCCAGAGAAGCUUUGAAAUACUUUCAAUUACAGUAAUUUCUUUGUUGUUCUGCUGGAUGAUCCCUAUAGUUAGAAAACUGACUAUCCAUCCAUGCUGGUGCUUUUACUUUUUAUUAAUCGCAACCACUUUAUAUGGUAUCGCCUUUAAGAUUAACAUUACCCUUUACUUUCAUGGAAAAACUUGCUAAGGUUCAAAACAAAAGCUGUCACUUAUUAAAGUUUGCACUUGAGAAGUCAAAUGAUAGUUUUUUAAAAGUCUGAAACAAAGUAGUCGUAGAUCUUCGACCCUGAAACCCCGCAGCACUGGUCUUACACAACCUUAGGUAACUUUACCCAGGGCUGCCCGGAGGUGCAGAAUCAGCUGUCUCCCUCCUGCAGAGCGGUGAAUAUUUUAUACACAAGAUGAGUCAUCUGCCUGUCCGCCGAAACAGAAUCCAAUACAAUGUGUUCAUGAGGCUUAAUGGAUGUCCUGCUCUUUAAAGCAUUUGUUAUUUAAGGGUCUAUACAUACAUCUACUUCUCUGCAUCAUUCAGAAGACUGUUUGAAAUAAAGGGUUAACAAAGUAACAUCGUGAAUGAGUUUUAUGUGUGCUCCUCCAGGCCAUACAUGUCAAUAGGUUCACUGCGUGACCAGGUGAUCUACCCGGACUCAGUGGAGGACAUGUCCGCAAGAGGCCUCAGCGAUAAGGACCUGGAUGCCAUCUUGGAUAUAGUGAACCUCAAACACAUUGUCACCAGAGAGGGAGGUAAGACAGCCGUGAAUUAUGAAACUUUAAAAGUAUCUGAGUUUGUAUCACGGUGAAGGAUUCUCUAUCUCGUGCUUACUAACUUUGAGCCUGUGGCUAAUUGGCAGCCUCUCUCGACUGAGCGCCAAAUAAACAGGCUCAUUGUUGGGAGGAAAUGUCUCUGCAGGGCUUACAGUUGCAAGAGGCUUUGAUUCGUGAAUGGCCUCACUGUAAAAAAAAAUAAAAAUAGCUGAGAAGGGUCUAAAUUGCACAUGCAAAGAACCCAGGUCACAUAUACUGUCAGAGAUGGACGUGGGCACAUGUGCGAUUAAGCUGCACAGAUCGCCCUCUGCUUUCGUCUUUAAUUAUGACACAGAAGCAGCUGUAAUCAAACACUAAGUAAACAGCACUGUCUCGGUGUUGUAAUGGUGCUUGUUAAAAACUGUUUGUUUACAUUUUUAUUGUUUCUUUACUUUGGGAGAAGUUUUCUCUAGUUUCCCUUAAAGUUAAAGCUUGAGUACCGCUGACUAAGACUACUAUUCAGACUAUUGCGGCUUUCCCAGUACCUAAAAAAAGUUCUGCUUGAGGCAGAGAAUAAGUCUUGUUUAUUUCCAAAGAAGUUCCAUAGAAGCACCCACAGUUUAGCAAGGUUUUGGAGCUUUAAUAACACAAAAAAACUCCUCUACAGGCGCACAUAAGGUGUUGUAUGUGUACACUUUGCGACGUGUAUCAAAGGCAAACAAAGAACAUAAAGCGCAAUCAACAAAAAUUAUGGCUACCCAGGCUCACCUCUCCACCCAGUGCAGGUGGAACAGCCCCUUAUAUAACUACCAGAUUUCAAACACAGUGCCCACGUGACACAAAACCCAGCGAAGACAAAAGAAAUUGAACACAGGAUAACUGAUAAACAAAGCAACAUUAUGGCUCCCAGACAGACUGUUUAAACAGGGGAAGAGUUUGCUCUCUGCGUUUGUAAUCCAAAAAUAUCACAUUCAUAAAUUUUUCCUUUGCCGUCAGGUUGGGAUGCAGAGCUGGAUUGGAAGGACGUGUUGUCUGGAGGCGAGAAACAGAGGAUGGGAAUGGCCCGUAUGUUCUACCACAGGUAUGAAGAAAGAGGAAAUUGUAGCCUCUUUGACUAAAAUAACACUGACGCCAGAUUCAUCCAUAAAAAAGCUACUUAAAGAGGAUUUAAAAGUCAGGAUCGUACGACAUAUGGCACAUAAAGCGUUAUUAUUACAUCUUUUCACCCUGUGUUUUAGGCCUAAGUAUGCUCUGCUGGAUGAAUGUACCAGCGCAGUGAGCAUCGACGUGGAGGGAAAGAUUUUCCAAGCUGCUAAGGAUGCUGGCAUCUCUCUGCUCUCGAUCACACACAGACCCUCACUGUGGUAAGAGAAGAACCUGCUAUCCUUUCCUGUAUUUACACAAAAAACAACGCGUAAAAUUCUGCUUCAAACCUCUCCUCUUCGCCACCUCUUCAGGAAGUACCACACCCACCUGCUGCAGUUCGACGGAGAGGGAGGCUGGCGCUUCGAGCAGCUGGACACGGCGACACGCCUCUCCCUCACCGAGGAGAAACAGCGACUGGAGGCCCAGCUGGCUGGCAUUCCCGAGAUGCAGCACCGUCUCAAUGAGCUCUGCAAAAUCCUAGGAGACGACUCGGUCCUCAAAACAGCCGAGUAGUGAAGUGGGUGUGUGUGUGUGUGUGUUUGUGUGUGUGUGUUUGGGGGGAAGAGGAAAAAAGAGAAAAAAGAAGCAGGGGGAGGAGAUGAGGAGGCAGUGAAAGAAAGAAAGAUGUCUCCGGGGGAUUUUCUUCUGUUUCGUCAGGCUUAGAUUUAUUUAGCUUGUUUGGAUUUUUUCUCUCGCUCCAUCAAACCAGCAGAGCUCUCGGUGCCAGCUCUCCUUUUAGCUUUCCUUCCUUUUUUUCUUCUUCUUUUUCUUAUAACUCCUUCACUAUGCUCCAACCAGUGAAGUUUAGAGAGGGGUGACUAAAAACAGUCAAGUAUUAUUCCCUCGUUGUCGUUUCAAACAUUUGCAGCAGACAUCUUUUUCAACACCAAUUUGCACCAGUGGCAAAUCAAACAAGACAGUGAAUCCGUUUAUUUUUUAGCACUUUACUCUUUUUUUUAGACGGCUGUUUUUGUUUCUCGUGUUGCUGAAAGUGAAAUAGGCACGUAGCUGCUUUUUAGCUGGAAAACAUUUUAGUUUAAAACCACUAAAUAAUGUUCGAAGCAGUAUUUAACUGUGAGUUUUAGGUCAUAACAGAACCAAUGUCUUAUAUUUGAGGUAGUAAGAAACAUUUUUUCAUAAUGUCACGAUAUGCCUUUGUUUGGUUUGUAAAUCAGUGCAGAACGAUCCCCGUGUCUUAUACCUCAUCUUAGUUUUGUUCGGUUCUUGCUGGGAUUCAGUCAUAGUUUUACACAUGACUAGCGAAGACAAAGGGCUCUAUUUUUAUGCCCACCAGCGGCGCGGCGAAGGGUGGCGCACCCUGCACAGUGGUAUUUUCUUCUGGCAGACCCCGAUGCACAGCCAGUUUGGUAUUUUCGUAGACUGAGGCGCACCAAGGUCCGCCAAGCUGGGGGUAGUGGCGCGGUAGGGGGAGGUGUUGACAGAAUCAGCUGGCACAGUGACAUUUUUGUGCCCGCCGGCGGCGUGGAAAGUGUGCUGAAAGCUCGCUGAUUCAAAACCUUGUCAGCUUUCAGCGCAGGUGAGCAGGCGCAGCUGGUCUAGUGGUAUUUUGGUAGACCGGUGGCGUAGUGCGCAUACGUCCUCUGCAGCGCUUACAGCGGCACUGGUUGAGGGGCUGCUUUUUGUUGCCAUCGUGUGGCAUAGCGGUCUUCAGACAUCUCUUGAUCUCUUUGACUACUUCACAAAAAUUGUAAUACCCCUCGCCGCCGGCGGAUUUAAAGGUGAGGAGAGGCGCUGAUGUGAUCGGCGAAAACAGGUCUUGUCUGUGUUAAACCCACUCCACGCCUUCUCUCCUCUCUCUCUAUGACUUACGUCGCUGGGAGGAGCUGAGUAAGAGAGGGGGGAUACUUACGCCGGGCUGCGCCGCUCACCAAAAUACCAAGAUGUGUUUGGGCACGCCUUGUCGGCGCAGCGGACCUGACUCACACUGCGCCUGCGCCACACCACCGGCGAGGCAUGAAAAUAGAGCCCGAAGAGCCAAUCUGGGCUCCUUUAUUAAAACCAUUAGUGAUACAGAUCCGACUUCAAAACUAUAGCUGUCCAGUUUGUUGAACAAAUACAAUCAGGACGGGACGAGAGUAAGCUCACCCUGGAGGUCAGCUCUGUCUGUGAACCCACAAACAGGAAUCCAUUAAGAUGAUCCAACUGGACGAUGCUCUCCCUUACCUACAUUCAAUCCGCAUACAUCAUCGACUUAUUUUAAUGUUUGAUACUGUGAAAUUGGAGGUUUGUCAUGAACACUGUGGUCUCUUGUGGUGGUUCGGAGUUCAGUUCUCGCUGUCUUUUAUUCUUAGUUUGAACACAGAGUCAGAGGCGAAGAUAAAUCAAGUGUGGUUACUUGUCAGGGGUGCAUUGUGGGAGUCUGUUGGACUCAUGGAUGUCUUAUCUCAUUUUUACAUUACAUAAUAGGUCCAGGGUGUCCAGAUCAUAACCAUCAAAGCAUGUGGACCCAUGAAUACAGUCACAUUUAUGACACUAUAACUCUAGAAAUUGCAAAGGCUCCAUAAAACAGGGCACACCGGACUUUCUUUGUCAUCCUAACACUGUCACAGUCCCACUUUAUUAACAAAGCGCCACAAUAAACGCUUCAAAGAGGACAAAGGACAAUCAGUCACUUUAUCAGCAGAAUACAAACACGUCUCUCCCCUUUUAGCCUUAACACCUCAUAGUUGUACUGAUGAUUGAUGAUAGAUCUAUAUAUGCAUGCUUGAAUUAGUCCUUUUAUCGAUGGUAAAAUGCAGCAUCCUAAUUCCAGUAAGGCCCCAAAUCUUUGCAGCCGACCCUUUUGGCUUAAAGGAGACCAGACCUGUUUGGCUGCAAAGGGUCAAACUUGGAUUUUUUUCCCCCUCUCUAGAAAAUGUGAAAGAAUUACGAGAUAUUUGUGAAUGCAUGAGUUUUGUUUUAUUUUUAUUUGGCAGGCAUUACUUCAGGCGUGGCGAGUAUUUUUAAGGCCUGUUUAUUUUUUAUGCUGAUGUAUCUGCGCCGUCAGGCAGGCUCUGUUGACAGGAAGCCAGACAAGCUGCUGAAUGACACAGAGCCCGCCAAGACACUGGGAUGUGAGGUCUGCUGGAGUGCAGACAGCGCCUGAACUCCAUUAGCAUGACUAUAACAUCUAUAGAUAGCACAGAAAUACUGGAUAAUAGAUGAUGAUGUACCACUCUGGAGUAACCAUACUUUUUAAAAUGGUUGUAUCUCAAAAAUACCCAAAGUGAAUUAUCUAGACAUGUUAUUUUUCCAGGAUUAAGUUAGGCCCUUUGCACCCUGAUAGGCUGAACGACUAAUAAUACUGUAAUGACGUCCUUACUAACGUUUUUUAAGGAAAGUUUGGCUCUCGAGCUUCCUUUUUUUGUGAGUAAGAGAUUGAAUGUAUCCAUUGUGUACGAUGAAGCAUCUCUAAAGGUUUCUAGGAUAAUAAAUAGUCAGUCGAUAGUUCUUAUUGUUUGAUAUCUGAUCAUUUUACUAUUGUGUUGAUAGUGCAUGUUAACAUUAAUUUAUCAGAGCCUCAUAGUGGCGUUUGAACCGGGAUUCUCUGUACAUUUGUUUUCUCAACUUGGAUAACGGGAAAGGGUGACGUUUGACAUUCUCAGCUUGAUUUUCCAUGUUGUUCAAAAGGUUUUUGAAAGUCCAAUCAAUCUUAACGGCAGAGGAAAUAUGUGCUUUCUCACCCAUCAUGAAUGUUGUUUGAGUUUUUAAGGUACCGAUUAGACCGUGCUGGACCUCUGACACAUAAUGCUGUUAACCUCCCUCAAAGCCGGGGAUAACUACACUUUAUACCUGUUGAAAAACUACUUUAAACAGAGAUCUGUCAGCAAUCAAAAUCUCCUGAACAUGUUACUACUGGUAUUUUAUAUACUGAAUUCCUUGAAUGGUAGUCCAGAGUGACUUUUUUGAGAUCUAAUUGUGCAUGUAAGAAUCUGUAUACUUUAACUUUAGGAUGAGGAAAAUACGUUGAGUUCAAGGUCAUCGGUUCAAAAAUCAUGUGCUAUGGCCACUUUAUGCUGAAAGAUGAAGAUGUAUUUUCUUGUAAAUAAAAAAUACAGUGCAACCUCAAAUAU